AUGGCGGGUCGAUCCUACUGGUCGUGGCGCUUCUGGAUGUUCAUGCGGCGCCAACGAGCGUACUUUGAGCCGAUGGCCAUCCUCGAGGCGUCUGUCUCCAUUUUGUCGGGCGUGCUGCUGUGGAUCGGCUUCUGGGACGCCACAUCGUACAUCAUCGCCUUCAUGCACGCCGACCACUGGGCGGCGCGGGUGCUGCUCAUCCUGGGCGGCGUGGUUGGCCUCUUCCUCUCUCGCACGCUGUAUGACAAGCAGAUGCUGCAGGCGAUCCGCGCCGCGCGGCCCGACUCCGCCGCCCUCCAGUCCUUCCCCUCUCGCGCAAGCGGCCAGCCGAUGCUCGGCGCCGGCCUGGCCAUGGAGAGGGUCCGGCCGGCUGCAGAGCUGGUCGCGCGGCUGGAGACGCCGGCGGAGGGGUUUGGGAUACCGGUGGAGGGGUCCGGGCAGCCCGGACCGAGCUCCACCGGGAGCGAGGGUGAGAUCGGACGCAUCGUCUUCGUCUCGCCGAGUGACAGUCCUCAGAGCGAGGCGGGGCAGCCGUUGAGCGGGCAGCCACUGCCGCUGAGAGGAGCAGCAAAGGCGGCCGCUCCCGUUUACGCUGCUGCUGCCCCUCCCCACAUCAUUCCCGAGGGGGCCGCCGGCUCCGGUGCUGGCGGCCCGCAAGCGGAUCGGCCGGCCCACUCGGUGCCGCAGCUCCGGACCGCCGCGCAGCCUAAGGCACACGCGCCGCCGGCGGGAGUACCGCCCGCCGCCCGCCAGUACUUCCGCGCGCCAAGAUUCGAGCUGUCCAAGUUUUGCCGCAGCCUGGGCGCCAUCUUAUGCGGCCUGGCGGUGUGGGUGGGCCUGUGGGACCUCAUCGACUACGACAUCAUCCCCGCCCUCUUUGAUGCCUGCCACGACGACCGUCUGCCGUCGCUCGGCUGCUUGCUCGUGAAGCUGGUGCUCGGGAUUCUCGGCGCCGGCGGCCUCUUCGCCACCCGCUCCCUGUACGGCGACACACAAGUGAAGUCCGCCCAGUUUUCGCGAUUCGAGUGA